AUGGAACAGCUGAUAUGGUGGCUCUGUCAAAUCAUCAGCCUGCUGCUUGUGUUAUUGUUGAAUCUUCAAUUUCAUUUCUCGUCAUCUUUUGCGUUUUCUGCCAAUAGUUCCAGUACUCAUCUGUGCCUCCGUGACCAGAGACUUGUGCUGCAAGAACUCAAAAACACAUUUUCCAUAAACAGUGAUGCUUCUGAAAAUUGCGAAUAUGGUUCUUAUCCAAAGACACAGUCAUGGAAGGAAGAAAAUGAUUGCUGUUCUUGGGAUGGCGUUACCUGCGAUGUUUUCAGUGGUCAUGUAAUCGGUCUUGACCUCAGCUGCAGUAGGCUUCGAGGGUCUUUAUCUUCCAACAACAGCCUCUUCCGCCUUCGACGCCUUCAGAGUCUCAACCUGGCAGGCAACAAUUUUCUUGGCUCCAGCAUUUCUUCCAAGUUUGGCGAAUUCCAGAGUAUGAUGCAUUUGAACCUCUCUUAUUCUUCGUUUUCAGGCCGCGUGCCAUCUGAAAUCUCUUAUCUAUCAAACAUGAUUUCUCUUGAUAUCUCUUCUGAUCUAUUGAUGGUGCUUGAAACACUUACAUUGAAGAGGCUAGUUCAGAAUUUUACUUUGGUACAGAAACUUGCUUUCAGUGGGGUGGACAUGUCUUCGUCUGCAACAGUUUCCUUGAUGAAUCUGUCAUCCUCUUUGAGAUAUCUUAAUCUUGAUGAUUGUGGCUUGCGAGGAAACUUCCCAGAAAACCUUUUUCGCCUGCAAAACCUUGAGUUUCUGUUCUUAACAGCUGGUGAGGAGGGCUUGAUGGUUGAUCUGCCAAGCUCAAACUGGAGCAGUCCUUUGCAGUACUUGCUACUUGAUGACAUAUCUUUCCCAUUCCAACUCCCUGAAUCAAUUGGCAAUUUGAAGUUCUUGAAGUACUUUGCUCUUUCCACCAUUAAUUGCACCGGAACUCUUCCUGCUUCUAUUCGGAACCUUACACAGCUUGAAGUACUAUCGCUUUCAGACAAUCAACUGUCAGGUCCCAUUCCUGAUAUUUCCAAUCUUUCAAAGCUAACAUUUCUCGACUUGUCAGGUAAUAAUCUCUCAUUCACCACAAACACCAAUCCGAAUUCUACGAUGCCUAAUCUACGUAGUCUCUCUUUACCUUCUUGCAACAUCACUGAUUUUCCUAAUUUCUUAAGAGACUCGAAAGAUUUGGCGUCAUUGGACCUUUCGAACAACAGAAUCCGAGGACCGCUUCCUGAUUGGAUGUAUGAUGUUGGUGUUUAUUCACUGUCUUAUCUGAAUCUUGCUCACAACUUUAUCACCAAUGUAGACAGACUUCCAUGGAAGUCUCUUGAAGCUCUCGAUCUUCGAUUCAACUCCCUUCAAGGGCUGCUACCGGUUCCUUCAUUUACUGUUGAGGUUUUCAUGGUCUCAGCUAACAAACUAACUGGACCAUUACCUUAUUUGAUCUGCAAUGCUAGUCUCAUGAAAGUGUUUGAUAUCUCCAAAAAUAACUUGAGCGGUGCAGUUCCUGAAUGCAUUGGAAGCUUUAGCAGACGUCUGUCGGUUUUGGAUUUACAGAUGAAUAACUUUCAUGGCAAGAUUCCAGGAACAUUUUCCAAGCACAAUGUCUUAAGAACUCUCAAUCUCCAUGGCAACAAUUUUGAAGGACCUUUGCCAAGAUCAGUAGCCCAUUGCGAAAUGCUGGAAGUUCUAGAUGUUGGAAACAACAAAUUAAACGACAUGUUUCCCGACUGGUUGCAGACUCUCUCAGAACUGCAAGUACUUGUCUUGAGGUCCAACAAAUUCCAUGGUUCCAUUCCGGACUGCAAUGGAUCUCAUUGUUUCCCAAAGCUACGAAUAUUCGACAUCUCGAACAACAAUUUUGUUGGUCCUCUGCCAGCCAAGUAUAUCGAUAACCUUAAAUCCAUGAUGGAUAAGGAAGGUACUCGCAGUUUGCAGUAUAUGGAGAAAGGUUUUGAUUUAUAUCACGAUUCUGUGUCUGUAACAAUGAAAGGGUUGGAUUAUAAUUUGGUGAAAAUACUAACGACAUUCACGACCAUCGACUUCUCGAAUAACAAGCUUGAAGGAGACAUACCAGAAGUCAUUGGCAAGCUCAUUUCUCUCAAAGGACUCAACUUCUCUCAUAACAACCUCAUCGGUUUUAUCCCGUCUUCCGUGGGAAAUUUGAGUAGUCUCGAAUGGUUAGAUCUAUCAUGGAACAAACUUAUUGGUGAGAUUCCUGGAGAAUUGGCAGAGCUGAAACAACUUUCACAUUUGAACCUCUCAGAGAAUAAGCUUGUAGGAAGCAUACCAUCUGGUUCACAGUUAGUUACAUUUGACAAUAGCUCAUAUGAAGGGAACUUGGGGUUGUGUGGCUUUCCGUUAUCGAAGAAAUGUGGCGAUGAAGAUCAUGAUCACAUCCCAGAAGGAGAAGGAGAGGAUGAUUCUGGAAAUGAAUUAGAUUUGAAAAUAGUAAUGAUGGGUUAUUGGAGUGGACUUGUGUGUGGAUUGUCUCUCGGAUAUAUUACAUUUUCAUCAGUGAAACCACGGUGGUUUGCCCGAAUCGUUGAAGGGAAUCAAGCCAAGAAAGUGAAAAGAAAGUAUCAAAGAUGUCAAGGAAGAAGAAAGUAGAAUAGUGUAGAUUUUGCAGUAUCUGGUAAUGGCUUUUGUUAAUGACUGAUAGCAUAUCUAUCUUUUUAUUUA